CUUAAGUGAAGUUAUAAUGAACGUGAAGCGAAUCCUUCUUUUAUUGUUAUUGGCCAUAGUUUUCGAAGGAAAGCUGGCCAAAAUCUACGAAUAUCCAACAAAUCCACCAAAUCCACCAAAUCCGCCUAAUCCACCAAUCUCAAUAAAUCCACCAAAACCAGCAAAUCCACCAAAACCAGUAAACCCAACACAUCCACCAAAACCAGUAUAUCCACCGAAACCAGCAAACCCAACAAAUCCAACAAAUCCACCAAAACCAGCAAAUCCAGCAAAUUCGCCAAAGUCACCAAAGGCUGCAAGAACUGCGGAAGAGGUUCUGACUGAAAUGAAUAAUGAAUUAACUGAUAAAAUUAACAAGCUGAUCGCAUCGAAAGAAGGGAACAUCGAAAACAAUAAGGAAUAUGAGGAAAAUUUGGAUGCACUAAAUAAAACUAUUGAACUUGCGAUGAUAUUAUAUCCAAAGAAGAAAUUAGCUUAUGAUACAUUUAAGGAGUAUAACAACCAACGAUUAGAACUGGAGGACAAAAUUAACAAACGUCUAGAAAAGCUGAAUAAUGACUCUAGUUCACAAAGCAAUGAAUGCAAUAAGUUUUAUUCAAAACAAAAAAUCGCGCUCAACUCUGCUCUUAAGGAGACAAACUCUAAGAAGGAAGACAUCUUACGAGAAAAUAGCGUGGAAUGUCCAUCUAACCCUGUCAAAGAUGGUGCAUGUGAUGAUGAUGAUGAUGAUGAUGAUGAUGAUGAUGAUGAUGAUGAGUACUAUGAUUAUAUGAAUUAAACA